AUGGACCUGGACUUAGCUCUGAUGAGGCCUUUCCUCGAUGGAGUGCCUGUGUUCGACGAUAUUGUUCCUGAGAGCAGCAGUAAUAGAGACAACGAAGGCAUAAUUGUUGAAAGGGAAGCACUGCAGACUGUGAUGAAGAGCCCGAUGCGAGCGGGCCAUGUUCAGGAGCGGAAUGUGGCUAACCAGGCGAGAGUGCGGCGUGGGCAGAAGGGGUUUGCGAAACUGGGUGGCAAGACAGUCGAAGAGGGUGUUGGUGGGAAGCAAGCCAGAUGCAAGGAUCGAAAGGCCAGGACGAAGAAGGUCACUUCAGCGAAGGGAACCCCGAGUCCUGCAUUGUCGGUCCUCAGCCCUGUGACCGGAGCACCACACACGAAUAGUUUCGAUCGCGGGAAGAAUCAAAGCGAGGUGGCGGAAUUGUCACAUUACAUGACGCAAACCCUCUUCACGCACCUCUUCGAAGGCCACAAAGAACGCCACGCCUGGUUCGCCGUCUUCCAAGUCUACCCGAUCCUCUUCCACGCCUUCACGCACGCCGCGGCGCUGCACAAGGACGUCCUCCGGAACCAGGUCGCCCUCUCCUGCACGCCGGAAUCUCUCUGGCACAAAGGCCACGCGAUGAUGCUACUCAAGGACGCCCUGGAUCAUCUCGACGUGGCGAAUAUCGAGGUCUUGCUGAUGGUCAUGGUGACGCUUGCGACGCACGAUCUUUCGACGGAGCGGUUGUCGAGUGGGGGGAAGAUGGGGUUUGUGCCGUAUGUGCCGGAUGCGUAUUGGAUGAGUGUUUAUGGGCGGUUGGAGACGAUUGAGCAGCAUCUGGGCGCGAUUGGGGGGUUGGUCGGGUUGGUGGGUGGGUUGGGCAAGAUUUCGUUGCCGGGGUUGGCGAAUUGUUUGGCGCUGACCGACAUGAUGGUCGCAGGCAUCGACUGCGUCCCUCCAUCCUUCCCCUGUUUCUGGACCCCGGAUGCAUCGAUUCUGGCUUCACACUCCAAACUGCGCUCCUCCAGCGACCAACGACCCGGCAAGGGCUUCUUCGCGGACGUCCCGGGAGGUCUUCCAUUGCACACGCUUUCCGUCCUUAUGCGUCUCGCCAACAUCAAUCGGUACAUGGCCAAAAACUGCGGCACGGACAUGACAGAUGAUGCCUAUCGACGAAUGAUGAGCACCCGCAACAGUAUUCACCAUGCUGUCCUAUCGUUACCGCUAUGGGACGAUCUUCCCGAGGCCGAGCGAAACCUAUCCAAGACCUGCCAGCAGCCUUUUUACGAGGCGACACGUCUGUCCGCCAUAAUUUAUUCGUGCGCGGUGAUCUACGGCCUGCCGCCCCAUCGCAACUGGCAUCUCAAACUCACGGGCGAGUUGCGGAAGAUCAUUGAGGGAUAUACAAAUUUCAUGGACGAAGCCCCUUAUUUACUUCUGUGGGUGCUGUGCGUGGGUGCUCUGGCGGCUCUACGAUCCCCCGAUCGGAUGUCCUUCGAGCAGAAAUUAGGCGAGGUCGUGGCGAAGCAUGAGGAACUCCGACCCUUCGACAAGGCCCUGGUUGUUCUCGAGGACUUCGUGUGGAGCCAGAGGGCUUGUAAGGAUGGCAUUGAAAGGCUGUGCAACUCGAUAUGA